AAACUCUCACGCGUCGUCGUCCGUCAGUGUCGAUUUCUCGCGAGGGCCACAACGUCAUCAAGCACAGCAACCAGUGCAUGUAGUCAAGUGAAAGAUUUAGUUCCCUAGUUAGAAAUUUUGCAGCUAUGUGGCUGUACUAUUUAUUCCUGUUGAGUCCGUUCCUCAUCGGCGGCUCGCAGGCACAUCUACUGGAAGGACUCUACUGCGGGAAAGAGAACUGCUACGAUGUCCUGGGCGUAACACGGGACGACGCGAAACAGACAAUAGCCCGUAACUACCGUCAACUGGCCAAAAAGUAUCACCCGGAUCUGCACAAAGGUGAAAAGGCCAAACAGGAGGCCGAGGAACAGUUCAAGCGAAUUGCCCGGGCAUACGAAAUCCUGCGAGACGAUGAAUUCCGCGCGGAUUACAACUACAUGCUGGACAAUCCGGACGCGUACUAUUCGCACUACUAUCGGUACUAUCGACGCCGCACCAAGGUGGAUGUGCGACUGGUUGUGCUGGCUACGAUUAGUGUCAUCUCCCUGGUGCAGUACUUCUCGCGCAAACAACGCUACGAGGAAGCCAUCAAGUACUUUAUGACUGUGCCGAAGUAUCGGAACAAGGCGCUGGAAAUCAUCAACCAGAAUGGUUCAGUUACAAAAAAGGGAUCAUCCAAAUCCAAACUUUCGAAAGGCGAACGAAAGGAAGAAUCCGAGCGAAACAUUAGAAAAGUUAUCGAGGAAAACCUGGACAUUCAGGGUGCGUAUGCAAAGCCACAAAUCACCGACAUCCUAUGGGUACAGAUUAUACUCAUACCUUACACGUUGGCCAAGUACGUGAAGUGGCAAGUGCUUUGGAUAUACAAGUACACUUUGCUAAAGAGGCCCUACGACCUAGAGGACAAAUUGUAUCUCAUAAGAAAGAACAUGAAUCUCGGCGUCCACCAGUUCAGAGGGAUCGAGAGCGAACAAAUCGACGAGUAUCUGGCGAAGGAGCUGUGGAUAAAGUCCAACUACAAAAUCUGGAAGGACGCACAGGAGGAGGAGAUGAAGCGACAGAUGGCAGAUAAUCCUAGAUAUAAGGCGUACCGACGGUACAUGAAGAAUCAUGGACCGGGUAGAAUAACUUUUGAUGACUAGUUGAACAAAUUAUUAUUUAUUUAAUGAGA